AUGUCUGUCAUCAAAGGGAUUCAUCGAUUUUUAUCUCCCGCUCAUUCUUUCUUUCAUUCUUUAUUUCUCUCCACUAUUUCUUUUUCUCUACUCCAUUCUUUUCAUUUAUUCUCUCUUCCUUUCUUUCACACACUUUUUCAUUCUUUCUCCCAACUCUUUCUUUCUCACCAUUCCUUCUUUCUUUCUUUCUUUCUUUCUUUCUCACCUUUCCUUCUUUUUUUUUUCACCCACUUUCUUUGUUUCUACUCAUUCUUUGUUAUUCUCCACUCUUUCUUUCACUCCACCCUUUUCAUUCAUUUAUUCUUUCUUUCUUUCUUUCUUUCUUUCUUUCUUUCACACACCCUUUCUUUCUCUCAACUCUUACUUUCUCCACACCCCUUCUUUCUUUUACACAAUCUUUCUAUAUUUCUCCCCACUCCUUAUCUCUUUCUUUCACAUUCUCUUUCAUUCACUCUUGCUUUCUUCAACUCCACACUUUUCAUUAUUUCUUUCUUUCUUUCUUUCUUUCUUUCUUUCUUUCUUUUACACACCCUUUCUUUCUCUCAACUCUUUCUUUCUCUCAACUCCUUUGUUUCUUUGACACGCGCUUUCUUUCUCCCAACUUUUUUCUUUUGUUUUCUUUCACACAUUUCUUUCUUUCACUCGACACUUUUCAUUCUGUCUUUCUUUCUUUCUUUCUUUCUUUUUUUCUUUCUUUCUUUCUUUCUUUCUUACUUUUUCUUUUCACUCUCUCUUUCACACGUUAAUUCUUUCUUUCUCUCCACUCCUUCUUUCUUUCACGCAAUCUCUUUUUCUCACCACUCUUUUCUUUCCUUCUUUCUUUCACCCACUCAUUCCUUCUUUCACUGCACAUUUUUCAUUCUUUCUUUCUUUCACACACCCUGUCUUUUUUCCACUCAACACUUUUCAUUCUUUAUUGCUUUAACGUACAUUUUAUUCCUUUCUCUAUAA